AUGGAGCCCGCGGGCCCCGGGCUGAGCCUCCGAGCGCCGUCACCUCCUCCGCCGCCGGCGCUGCUGCUGCUGCUGCUCCUGCAGGUGGCGGGGCCGGCGGGCGCCCUGGCGGAGACUCUGCUGGGCGCGCCGAGGGCGCUGGGCACCAGCUCCAGCCCGCCUAGUCCUGCGAGCGUGGUGGCUCCGGGGACGACGCCGUUCGAGGAGAGCCGGCUGCCGGUGUUCACCCUGGAUUACCCUCACGUGCAGAUCCCUUUCGAGAUCACCCUGUGGAUCUUGCUGGCAUCCCUGGCCAAGAUUGGCUUCCAUCUCUACCACAAGUUGCCGACGAUAGUGCCCGAAAGCUGCCUUCUUAUCAUGGUCGGCCUUCUACUAGGUGGGAUUAUUUUUGGGGUAGAUGAAAAAUCUCCACCUGCAAUGAAGACUGAUGUAUUUUUCUUAUAUCUCCUCCCACCCAUCGUGCUGGAUGCAGGCUAUUUCAUGCCAACUCGCCCUUUCUUUGAGAACAUUGGCACCAUUUUCUGGUAUGCCGUGGUAGGGACGCUUUGGAAUUCCAUUGGCAUCGGGGUGUCUUUGUUUGGGAUCUGCCAGAUUGAAGCGUUUGGCCUGAGUGACAUCACUCUGCUCCAGAACCUGCUCUUUGGCAGCUUAAUCUCAGCCGUGGACCCCGUGGCGGUGCUGGCCGUCUUUGAGAACAUUCAUGUCAACGAGCAGCUCUACAUCCUGGUCUUCGGAGAGUCGCUGCUGAAUGAUGCAGUAACAGUGGUCCUGUACAAUUUGUUCAAGUCCUUCUGCCAGAUGAAAACCAUCGAGACCAUCGACGUGUUUGCUGGAAUUGCCAACUUCUUCGUUGUGGGAAUCGGCGGAGUGUUUAUUGGCAUCUUCCUGGGAUUUAUAGCUGCAUUUACCACUCGUUUCACACAUAACAUCCGCGUGAUUGAGCCACUCUUUGUCUUCUUGUACAGUUAUUUGUCCUAUAUAACAGCUGAAAUGUUUCACCUGUCAGGCAUCAUGGCGAUCACUGCUUGUGCAAUGACCAUGAACAAGUAUGUGGAAGAAAAUGUAUCGCAAAAAUCCUACACAACCAUCAAGUAUUUCAUGAAGAUGCUGAGCAGCGUCAGCGAGACCCUGAUCUUCAUCUUCAUGGGCGUGUCCACUGUCGGCAAAAACCACGAGUGGAACUGGGCCUUCGUCUGCUUCACCCUGGCCUUCUGUCUCAUCUGGAGAGCACUGGGUGUCUUUGUCCUGACUCAGGUCAUUAACUGGUUCCGGACAAUCCCCCUGACUUUUAAGGAUCAGUUCAUCAUUGCCUACGGAGGUCUCCGAGGCGCCAUCUGUUUUGCCCUCGUCUUCCUUCUUCCUGCUGCUGUGUUCCCCCGGAAAAAACUGUUCAUUACAGCUGCUAUCGUUGUCAUAUUCUUCACUGUCUUCAUCCUGGGAAUAACCAUUCGACCACUAGUGGAGUUUCUUGAUGUUAAGAGGUCAAAUAAGAAACAACAAGCUGUCAGUGAAGAAAUCCACUGUCGGUUUUUUGAUCAUGUGAAGACUGGGAUUGAAGAUGUUUGUGGACAUUGGGGUCACAACUUUUGGAGAGACAAGUUUAAGAAAUUUGAUGACAAAUACCUGCGAAAGCUUUUGAUUCGAGAAAACCAGCCCAAGUCAAGCAUUGUAUCAUUAUAUAAAAAGCUUGAAAUAAAACAUGCCAUUGAGAUGGCAGAGACUGGGAUGAUAAGCACUGUCCCUUCUUUUGCGUCCUUAAAUGACUGUCAGGAAGAAAAAAUAAGGAAACUCACACCUGGUGAAAUGGAUGAAAUUCGAGAAAUUUUAUCAAGAAAUCUCUAUCAAAUCCGCCAACGGACUUUGUCGUACAACAGACACAACCUGACUGCCGACACCAGCGAGAGACAAGCCAAAGAGAUUUUGAUCCGCCGGCGGCACAGUCUGCGGGAAAGCAUCAGGAAAGACAACAGCUUGAAUCGGGAGCGCAGGGCAUCUGCGUCAACCUCCCGAUAUUUAUCCUUACCUAAAAAUACAAAGCUUCCAGAAAAGCUACAAAAGAAAAAGAAUAUUUCUCAUACAGAUGGCAAUAGCAGCGACUCAGACGCAGAUGCUGGGACUACUGUGCUCAACUUGCAACCCCGAGCAAGGCGCUUCUUGCCAGAGCAGUUCUCAAGGAAAGCUCAGCCGUCUUAUAAGAUGGAAUGGAAGAACGAGGUAGAUGGAGAUUCCGGCAUAGGGCAGCCCGGCAGCUCCUCGGCUCCCCACAGCAGAGAGGGGGGCACCCAAACCCCGGGCAUAUUACGGCAGCCCCUUCUCUCCAAAGGCGACAUUGGCCCAGUGGGGGAAGACAGUUUGGCUGAAGACAUCCGACCUAAGCCACCACCAAGACUGGUCCGGAGGGCAUCGGAGCCCGGAAAUCGGAAAGCCAGAUUCGGAAACGAUAAUCCCUAAUGGGAGCGGCCAAAGCAGAUCCAGGGCAACUAACCCCAAUACCUCUGUAGUUUAUGACUCUGAAACCUGACACGACAAGGGGAUCCAUUUUAAACUCUGUGGAGCUAAAUGCGUUCUUCAGGUGGUAGAGCCAUGCCACUGAUGAAUGGGAUGAGUGCUUAUCCCAAGAAGAAAAUCAAAGAAAAAGAAUCCCAUGAAAUGUUUUCUGUGACUUGUUGCUAGCAAUUAUACUCUUUGAAAGCUUAAAGAAAAAAAAAAUAUGUGCCUUUAUUGAACUUGAAGGACAGAACUUGAUGUUUUUAACAUGCCCUUGUUGGUGAAAUUUUAAUAUAUACCUAUAUGUCUUAAAUUUUAUUUAUGAAAAAGAUGUAUAUCUCUACUCAGUUUUUAAGCAAAUGGCACUAAAGAAAUAUUCAGAACAUCUUUCCAGGGGAUGACGGGCAGCACCAGGAGGGUGACGGGUCCACGAGUUCAGGAGAGAGAACUUCCCGUCAUGCAAAGGGGCAGUUGGCCAAAGAAGGUCACAGCCAAGAGCUGAGAAAUCUGAGGACUCAAACUGGGAUCACAUUUAGAAAAUCUAGGCAGAGGAAGUGGCUUGGCUGCCUAGCACAAAUUAAGAGGCCCAUUACCUCUAUGAAACAAUGUGGGUCAACUGGUUUUUAAUUUAAUUUUGGUGUGCUUGGCUGUGGCAUAUGAAUUCCAUCUCCCCUCCUUGUUUAAAUGUUGCAGGAGAAAGGUGGUGGGGGUGAAAUCAGCUGGCCGUGCAUGACAGACUCAGGGGCAGCUUUUGAUGAAGUUCUACCCAGGUGGGCCUCAUGUGGAGUGCGGGGAACUAGACCAACACCUGUUUACAGCGUAUUGGUGGGAUUUAUAUUGUGCAAUACUUGGCAGAGGCUGCAGGAGAUUCACACUCAUCUGCUACCAAUUGCUUUAGUAGAAUUUUCUUGAACUUUCAUUCCAGGUCAUAGGCUCCAAGCAGAGAAGGAUGGAAGUUAGAUAGUAUUCCACUGUUUAACAGAUUGGGGAGAUUUUAGGUUUUGAAUUUUAUUCAGGAAGCACUUUGGAGAAUGUGGGAGUUCUAAUUUUUUUUUUUUUUUUUUUUUGCACUAGUCUGUAAUUUGGUACCUCCCCCCCUCAAUAAAGUAGUAACUCAAAUUUUUCAUAUCAAAUGGAUUCUACUCAUCUGAGCACUUUUAAAAAGUAUGGUAGAGAGAAAAGCAAAACAAUCAUUAAAGAUUAAUGUUUAAAUCUCUGUCUCUUAAACUGUAUAUUUUCUUGGCCUCUCAUUUUUGCUCGAUAUUUCCUCUUUAAAACUUGGCUGGAACAAGACUCUAAAUUUCUGGGUUUAGGAUGAGAUGAAGCUGCUGAGGUAGUCCUCUGGUUUCACAUUGGAGAUACACAGCAAAGGCUACAGUGUCUACAGUAUUGUCUGGGGUGUGGGUGGGGUGAAUAAACUGGACAAAGAGUACACAAGAUCCUGAGCAACAGUGCUCUGAGCCCCCUGCUUACAACCUCACAAACAUGGAGAAGUGCACCUUUUACCCUUCUCUCUCAUGUUCAGAAAUCUUGGAAUUCUGCUAGGUUGUUGGGCAUGACACAGAGAGUAACACAGACACGGAAAGUACAAGUUUAUUAAGAGCACAGUUUCUUUCCAGAACAAACUCUCCCAGGUUGAUCAGUGGAAAGCAGUGUGGAAAAUAAUUUGAAGACUACAAACUUAGGACUCAGUGCCAAAACAACUCAUUUUAAAUGAAGAUAUUCAUAGCAUUUCUGCUGAAAAGAAAUUAAAGCUGACAAAGUUUUGUUACAGGAAUAUGAUUCAUCAAGAGGUGUGACGUGUAUUUCUGAGAAUCCCAAGAGUAAGUUUUCAGAAUAGUUUAUGAAAUCUGAAUAGGAAAAUAGAAAUUGAAAAGGACCUAAAUACAAAUUUUGUAAUUUUUCCUGAUUUCCUAUACUAAUAAAUAUUAUGAAGGGUUUAACUUCAUGGAGUUGAAGGAAAAACAUGAAAUUUGUAUGCUACUUCUUCUUAAGCAUAUAGACCAAAUUCAACUUUCACUAAUUAAAAGUCACGUAAUUUGGAUGCCGUUGUGUAAAUUUCUGGAAAGCAAUACCUAUGCCAUUUUAUCUUUACUAUUAGUUUCAAUUUUAUCUUAUUUGUCAAAUGACAAAGGUAAGGAAAAAGGAAAUUUGGCUUCAUUUAUAUUUUUCUCUAUAAUUUCUUCUGUUUUAUAAAUAUCAAAUUUUAGAAACUAUAGAUGGAGAAAAUACGCAGGUGAAACUCUUUAAUUAUAUGGUACCAUAACAAUCUAAAUUUCUGUAAAACAGAAAGGUCCCCUAAGCCUUUGUAAACGAUUCCACUUGUUCAACUAAUAGUCGAUCCAACCAAAAUUCCAUGUGGCUGUAGAAUUGACAGGUCUUUGGUGUUUGUUGUAUCAAAAUUUGAUUUGAACUAUAUACAUGUGAAAAGUCGGGGCUUAUUUUGUUACAUACAGUGCUAAGGGCCAACUUUUGGGAACAGUUACGCCAGUUUUGCCAACUAGAAAUUGGCCCCCAAAUCUGAUACUUAAAAAUAUGUUUUGUGUAUGUGGCCCCAAAAUGUCUGGGAUGAAAUUGCUUUCAGCUUUUGCUAAACUUUGUAGUGGGGGCAUAUCAGUUUUCCUGGGGAAGUGAUAUGUUAACUUAUAUAAAUAUGUAAAGAAGCAUGUUACCUGUUACAUGUCUCAACAUAUUCUUCAUUUGUUAUACUGCCCAAAUCAUGUUUAUGUUACAACUGGCAUUUUAUAAUCAGCUAUGAGAACUGUAAUAUUCAAAAUUCACACUUAAUUUUAUUCUUUAAAGAGUGAUUAAAAUGAUUUCUUUGUCCAAUUAAAGUAGCUGCUGACAUCAUCUGCUGAGACCUGAAUGCCAUUUGUAUGAUUUUUUUUCAUCAGCCUGAACAAGAAAAGAACAGAUCAUGACUUACAACAGAUUGGUGAUACUCAGGUUUAUUUUGUUCACUUUUAGAACAAAGUUUGUAGCUUGCUUCUACUUUAUAUCCCACUUUUAGCCAGUCCGUUUCUUUAUUCCAUUCCUAAGGAAAGCUGGAACCCUAUUUGGGUAAAUACUGCAUGACAAUGGCAUCAUUCUUUGCCUGUGAGAGAUGAUACUUCUGAUUUUUUCCACUAAUGUCCAGCUGAUACAGAUGAAACAUCCAGAUGACUGAUUUUUGAACGGUUUCUUUCAUGUUGUGCUGAUACAUAGCUUUAGUUACAUGAGCCCUUUGGUUUUGUUUUAUAAUUUUCUGCAAUUUCAAACAAAGUUCUAAGUACAACAAUAAAUUGUGGAUCAUUUAUCUUACCUCUAUGGUCAGGGAAUGAGCUUU